AUGGAUCAUGCGGUGAAGGCAAUGUCGGCGCGCGGGCCGCUGGCUCGACUGCUCGCGCGCCGACGCUUCGAGUCCGCUGAGUUGGAAGAGCUGUAUGCCCGCUAUGCCUGCAAGCUGCAGCGCACCUCGGUCGGCUCCGCGUUAGCGCUGUGGGCAGCUCUCGCCGCUGCCCUGGCCGCCGUCGAUGCCACUAGAGGCUGGCGAAGAGCGCCACAGGUGGGCGUGUUAAGUGCCCACGCUGUGCUCUGCGGUGGCCUUGCGUGGUGGUGCGGCCGUGCUGGUGGCGUGACCCCCGAGCGGCGUCUGCCUCGUGCUUGCUGGCUCGCUUUAGCUGGUGGUGGAGUAGCUCUAGCUGCUACGCUACCGGCUUGGAGCCCCGGUGCAGCUGUCGAAGGGGCUGCCCACGUGAUUUGGGCCGUCUUUGCUGCGUACGCCCUCUUACCCGUCGGUGCUCCAGUUGCAGCAGCUUUUGGUAUUCUUCUCCCCAUCGUGCACACCAUAGCAGCGGCUCUGGUCGCCUCCCGAUUCCCGUAUCACGUUUGGCAACAGGUUUGUGUUACUUUAUACUUCCAAAAAUCGUUCCGUAACGCGUCCGGAGCAUCAAAGUAA